UUCGUUCAGUCCGCAGUCCGACAGUGAGCGUGUUGGUCGCCGCGUUCACGAAAAAUCGCGCCGUCGUCUCUGUACGAGAGUGACAAACGUGCCGCGCGUCUCGUCCCCGAACGACCACGACAACGAGUCUCUAGUUCCGCGCACCACCCGAGACCCUUAACGAUAUAAUAUAUAUCAUAUAAUUCGUCGUUUGCCUCUUGCGUUUUGUUUUUCUAAAAAAAUAAUUUUUUUUUUCUCUCCUUUUCGUCGUUUACUUUGCCGUCGAACACAUUAUUUUUGUCCCGUUUCGUCACUUUUUUGUUUUUUUUUUUUGCAAUUUUCGUCGUCCCAAAUGUCUCAAAAUGACGUACUACAGCAAUUUCGGUAGUAGUGGUGUGCACAAAACCACCAGCAAACACAACGGAGACGUGAUCGCCUGUCACAAGUGUGGUGGAUAUAAGGUGGUGAACCAUGUGGGCAGAAUGAGUCGGGGCCGCAGAAAACUGUUGAUGUACGGACUGAUUGUCGGCAUAUUUCUGCUGCUGGUGUACAAGAUGCGCACAUGCCCGGAACCCGAACCUCAGACCAUGUUCAUGAUGCCGAAAGACAAAUUCGUCACCGACGAGAACAUGAAGGUGUACACUUACGACCGAAACAUGCCUCUGAUAUUCAUCGGCGGCGUGCCCAGGUCCGGCACCACGCUCAUGAGAGCAAUGUUGGACGCGCACCCAGACGUCCGGUGCGGACAGGAAACGCGGGUGGUGCCGAGGAUCCUGCAGAUGCGUAACCACUGGUACAAGUCAUCUAAGGAGUCGCUGCGACUUAAGGAGGCCGGCGUGUCCGAGGAAGUGAUCAACUCCGCGGUCGCCUCGUUCAUACUGGAAGUGAUCGCCCGACACGGCGUCCCUGCGCCCCGGCUGUGCAACAAAGACCCGUUGGCGCUCAAGUCCAUGGACUACCUGAAGGUGUUAUUCCCGAACGCCAAGUACAUAUUCAUGGUGCGCGACGGCCGGGCCACGGUCCAUUCGAUCAUAUCGCGAAGAGUGACAAUCACCGGUUUCGAUUUGAACAGCUACAGGCAGUGUCUGGAAAAAUGGGAUGACGCCAUCACCGUUAUGUACAAAAACUGCCUCAAAGUCGGCUCCGGGUACUGCCUGAUGGUGUACUACGAGCAGCUGGUGCUCAGACCCCGGACCACGUUGACCAAGAUACUCAACUUCCUGGACAUUCCAUGGAACGAGACUGUGCUUCAUCAUAACGAGAUGAUCAACAAGCCAGGAGGAAUCGCACUGUCCAUGGUGGAACGUUCCUCGGACCAAGUGGUCAGACCGCUGUACCAAGAAGCUUUGACCAAAUGGGUGGGCCAGAUACCCGACGACGUGGUCAGCGACAUGGCCAACAUCGCGCCCAUGCUGACCGUGCUGGGAUACGACCCGGCCGGGAAUCCGCCCAUUUACGGUAUCCCGGAAGACGAACAACAGCAGCAUCAGCAACAGCAGUACGACACGAUUUCCAGUGGAGACGAGAAACAGACGACCAGUACAAUCAACAGUAGGAGGUAGUUGAAAAUGAUACGCCAUCGCGUCUUCAAAUUGUUUUCGUUUACUUAAAUAUUUUUCGCGUGUAUAUAUAUAUUUAAAAAUAUAUAUAUAUAUAUAUAUCUGAUGAAAUCGUGUU